GCAUGCCGGGAUCAGGGAGGGGCGCUGAGCGCUGCCAUGUUUUUGUACGGUGGGUACGCAAAGCAUGCUGGGCUCUGUUUUGAAAGAGAGGACGGCGCGAACUCUUGUCCCUGGACUGAGUGAGCAAGAGGAGAGAAGCGAGGAAAUCUAGGUUCUUAUUACCGGUGCCUGGACAGAUGCAUAGGAAGGCGCUUGGAACUCUGAGGAGAUGGAACUUGAGAAGGCUUUAAGUCAAGACGAGUCCAAAGGAGGUGUUUUAGCUCACUUGGAAAAACUAGAAACUCAAGUGAACAGAUCCCGUAAAAAAUUGGAAGAGCCUCAGGGAGCUCAAGCAGUAGAAAGCUCUCUUGGGACCAAAAUUCGAGAUAAACUGAGGUCUGAAGUGAAACAGCGUCAAGCCAGAGUUGCAGUACGUGAUACCAGUGUUGAACCUGACCAAACAUUGGAGAUCAGUGAGCAAAAAGCUUGGGAAAGAAAAAGGGAAAAUGUGAAAGCCAUUCUGCAGGCAUAUCGUUUUACAGGGCUGAGUGGGAAGCUGACCAGCCGAGGGGUCUGUGUUUGUAUCCACACUGCUUUUGAGGGGACCCUGCUGGAUUCCUAUUUCGUGGACCUUGUCAUACAGAAACCACUUCGGAUACAUCACCAUUCGAUUCCAGCCUUCAUUCCCCUAGAGGAGAUAUCUGCAAAAUACUUACAGACUAAUAUUCAGCACUUCCUCUUCAGUCUCUGCGAAUACCUAAAUGCUUACGCUGGGAGGAAGUACCAGGCAGAUCAACUUCAGCGUGACUUUGCAGCCUUUCUGGCUGGGCCCUUGCAGAGAAACUCACUGUGCAACGUGCUGUCAUUUACUUACAAAGUGGAGCUGAGGGGCCAGGCCUUCACAUUUUGUGCCAGAUUGCUGUAUAAGGACCUCACAGUAACCCUUCCGACUGACGUCACCGUUACUCAUCAAGGGAUGGACACACUACCCACCUCAUGGGAAGAACAGCGAGCAUCCCAUGAGAACCUGUUUUGUACAAAGGCCCUGCACAAAGUGUUUGCUUCAUUUACACAAAGAGAAAAGUUGGAUAUGAGCCUGGUCCACUAGAACACUAUUUUCAUUGGGAAAAAGUAAAGGAAAUAUUGCACUUUCUGCUCUUAUAACUAAGGUGACAGGGGUUCCAAAAGAACCUUUCAAGAUUAUCAGGACAAGGGCCAUCUCCCAUAACUCGGACCACCUGGAGACAACAGGUCCCCAGCUUGAGCUCUC